AUUCCGUGGAACUCCUCUGAGGACCGAGCAUGGGAGUCCGAUCGCGACUGGCCUUUUUGCUGCUGCUGCUGUUGCUGCUGCGCGGCUUGGGGCAGCCUACGUGGCCGGUGGCUUUGGCCCCGGCACUGCGCUGGCUUCUGGGGGACCCUGCCUGCUGUGCGCUGCUCGGCCUAGCUUGGCUGGCGCGGCCCUGGCUCAGCCCCUGGAUGCCCCACUGGCUGAGUCUGACGGCCGCGGCCCUCACGCUGGCCCUGCUGCCCGCGCGGCCACCCCCGGGGCUGCGCUGGCUGCCGGCAGACGUGGCUUUCAUCGUUGGGAUCCUCCGCGCGGGCCUGGAUGUCAGGGCGCGCUUGAGCCGAACGCCGCGCGACACCUUCGUGGAUGCCUUUGAGCGGCGCGCGCGGGCGCAGCCGGGCCGCACACCCUUGGUGUGGACAGGACCGGGGAGCCGCUCGGUCACCUACGGGGAGCUGGACGCCAGGGCCUGCCAGGCGGCGUGGGCCCUGAAGGCGGAGCUGGGCAGCUCAGGGGACCAGGGGACCAGGGAGCCCGCUGCCCUCCUGGUGCUGGCCUCCCAGGUCGUUCCCGCCCUGGGCCUGUGGCUGGGGCUGGCCAAGCUGGGGUGCCCGGUGGCGUGGAUCAAUCCACACAUCCGCGGGGCGCCCCUGGUGCACUCGGUGCUGAGCUCUGGGGCUCGGGUGCUGGUGGUGGACCCAGACCUCCGGGAAAACUUGGAGGAGGUCCUUCCCAGGCUGCAGGCAGAGAACAUUCGCUGCUUCUACCUCGGCCUCUCCUCCCCCACAGCAGGGGUGGGGGCUCUGGGGGCCGCCCUGCAGGUUGCACCCCCAGACCCUGUGCCUGCCGACCUGCGUGCUGGGAUCACACCGCGGAGCCCUGCCCUGUUCAUCUACACCUCAGGGACCACCGGGCUCCCGAAGCCAGCCAUUCUCACGCAUGAGCGGGUGCUACAGAUGUGCAGGAUGCUGUCCCUGAGUGGGGUCACAGCUGAUGAUGUGGUCUACACAGUCUUGCCUCUGUACCAUGUGAUGGGACUUGUCCUUGGAGUCCUCGGUUGCCUGGAGCUCGGAGCAACCUGUGUCCUGGCCCCUAAGUUCUCCGUCUCCUGCUUCUGGGAUGACUGUCGGCAGCAUAGUGUGACUGUGAUCCAGUAUGUGGGCGAGGUCCUGCGGUACCUGUGUAACGCUCCCCAGCAACAAGAGGACCAGACACAUACAGUCCGCUUGGCAAUAGGCAAUGGACUCCGGGCAGACGUGUGGCAGACCUUCCAGCAGCGCUUUGGCCCCAUUCGGAUCUUGGAAGUCUACGGCUCCACGGAAGGCAACAUUGGCUUUGUCAACUAUCCAGGGCGCUGUGGGGCCGUGGGCAAGACAAACUGCUUUCUUCGAAUGCUGUCCCCCUUCGAGCUUGUACAGUUUGACACAGAGGCUGCGGAGCCUGUAAGGGACAGACGAGGCUUUUGUGUGCCUGUGGGGCCAGGGGAGCCCGGGCUCCUGUUGGCUCAGGUACUAGGCCGCCACCCUUUCGUGGGCUACCGCGGUCCCCGAGAACUGUCGGAACGGAAAUUGGUGCGGGACGUGCGGCGCCACGGCGACGUUUACUACAACUCCGGGGACGUACUUUCCAUGGACCGUGAAGGCUUCCUCUACUUCCGCGACCGCCUCGGGGACACCUUCCGAUGGAAGGGUGAGAACGUGUCGACGCGGGAGGUGGAGGGCGUGUUGUCGCUGGUGGACUUCCUGCAGGAGGUGAACGUGUAUGGUGUAUCUGUGCCAGGGUGUGAGGGCAAGGUGGGAAUGGCUGCUGUGCAACUGUCACCCGGCCAGACCUUCGAUGGGCAGAGGCUGUACCAGCACGUCCGCACUUGGCUUCCUGCCUAUGCUGUCCCCCAUUUCAUACGUAUCCAGGACACCCUGGAGAUCACAAGCACGUUCAAACUGGUGAAGUCCCAGUUGGUGCGUGAGGGCUUCAACAUGGGCGUCAUUGCUGACGCCCUGUUCGUGCUGGACAACCAAGCCCAGGCCUUCCGGCCCCUGACGCCUGACACAUACCAGGCUGUGUGUGACGGUACCUGGAAAUUCUGACCAUCUGGCCAGUCAACAGGACAUCUGAAGGGGCAGGAUCCAAUGCUGGCCACUGUAAAAAAAUAAGUAAUAAAUUGAGCCACUUUAAAAUGCACCAGGAGCUGCCAUCCCAGAGGAACUGCCUUGUACGUCUUAUGCCUCAUACCUUUGGAUGUUAAAACACAGGCAAAAGAACCUUUCGAUUGGGAGUAAAGCAAGCCUGUGUCCCAAAAAACUGUUUGCAAAGAUAAGAAGAUAUGAUUACUGGACUGAUGACUAUCAGACUGAAUAUUAAAAACAUUUUUUAGAAUUAACAUCAUUGUUAUCUGUACCAAUAGCAAUGCCUUCCUUUAUUAAUCUAAUUGUUCUCCGUCCCUUCCCAUAAAUACCUCGGCUCUGUCUCCUACUUGGAACUCUAUUUAAGCUUCUUCCUGAAUGGCUAUUUUCUUUUAAAUGUCAAAUAAAUGUUUAUUUCCUCUCUU